GCCAUUUCCUAUGUCGAAAAAUCAGGGCAACGCGUACCACGUGACGACGGGCGAGACCAAUGCGAGAGGGCCGGAGGUCUGAUUGGAAAGAGGGGCGAGGAGGAGAGUUGGUGCCUCGUCGUUGUCGUCAUGGCGCCCGCGCGGUACUGCGUCCCAGGAGAGCGACUCUGUAGCUUAGAAGAAGGCAUCCCUGGGAGUGGCACCUACACACGUCAUGGUUCUAUCUUUGCUUCUUUGGCUGGUUGUGUUAUGAGAAAAAGUGAGAAUGGCACGCUCCCUGUUAUCUCUGUCAUGAGGGAUGUCGAGUCUCAGCUUCUGCCUGAUGUGGGAGCCACAGUGACGUGCAAGGUUUGCAGUAUCAACUCUCGUUUUGCAAAGGUCCACAUCUUAUAUGUUGGUUCUACACCACUCAAAUCCCCAUUCCGUGGAACAAUCAGGAGGGAAGAUAUUCGAGCUACAGAGAAAGACAAGGUAGAGGUUUACAAAAGUUUUCGUCCUGGAGAUAUUGUUCUGGCCAAAGUUAUCUCUUUAGGUGAUGCACAAUCCAACUACUUGCUGGCCACAGCAGAGAAUGAGCUGGGGGUUGUGGUGGCUCAUAGUGAAGCAGGUGUACAGAUGGUGCCAAUCAGCUGGUGUGAAAUGCAGUGUCCCAGUACACAUAGCAAGGAGCUGCGCAAGGUAGCCCGGGUACAGCCCCAAUUUCUGCAAACAUAGUGAUACACAUGAUGAGAUGCAGAGCUAGUAGACAAAAGAUACAGCUCUUGGCUAGGAGCCAGAGGAACUCAAAUGUAAUCUUUCUCAGCUGUUGCUGGAAAUAAGGGUACAGAGGCAGAGCUGGGACUCAGGAAACAACUGUUUGCUCCUGCCUCUAGAUUGGCAGAAACUGUGAUUACAGAGUAUUCCCAGUUUUGUACACCAGUUGUAUUGUUUUGUAAAGCAAUAAAUUUUGAUAGAGUGGGUA